AGGCGACCAGCAUUGCAGACAAUGCAUGAAUUAAUCAGUGGCAUAUUUAGCUCCUGAACCACCCUGCGGCAACACUCGUAGAGCCCUACUAGCUCAGAGCAACAAUGGUUAUUACUAGCAUACGCGUCAUAGUUGGAAUUAUAGGAUCUGCAGUCUGCGUGCUCCUCUAUGCAGUCCCAGCAUUGACAUUUAAGAGAGUCAUCAAGGAGGCCAGUGUAGGAGAAUUCUCAUGCUUACCAUAUAUCCUAGCUCUUUUCAGCGCCCUCACAUGGGGCUGGUAUGGCUUUCCAGUUGUGAGCAAUGGGUGGGAGAACCUGUCACUCUUCGGUACCUGCGCUAUCGGAGUGCUCUUUGAGUUCUCAUUCAUCAUCAUAUACAUAUGGUAUGCACCAAGAGAGAAAAAGAAGUUUGUUGUGCUAACGGUAUCUCUGAUUCUGGCAAUCCUCUGCAUGAUUGUAUCUUUCUCAAUCUUUACAUUCCACACGCACCAUAUGCGCAAGCUAUUUGUUGGCAGUAUUGGUAUAAUAACUUCCAUGUCGAUGUACAGUGCUCCGCUUGUAGCUGUGAAACAAGUUAUGAAGACGAAAAGUGUGGAGUUCAUGCCUUUCUAUUUGUCGCUAUUUUCCUUAUUAACCAGUUUCAUGUGGACGCUGUAUGGGGUCCUAGGAAGGGAUCCCUAUCUCACGGCACCAAACAGCGUCGGGUGUUUUACUGGAAUCCUUCAGUUGGUUGUGUACUGCAUUUACAGCAGAUGCAAGGAGCCACCCAAAGCACUCAAUGAUAUUGAGCAGGUAAUAAUCAACUUGGACGUGGCAACUAGUCGUCGUGAAGACACAAAUGGAUGUAGCCUUAACUCGAAGGCUUGAUCUUUUCAUAAGAAGCUGCCUUGUUGUAAAUCUGCAAUUCUAGCCAAAUUGCACUAUUCGGGUAGCAGCAGUUACCUAUUUGUGAACUGCUUUGAAGUUAUUUCCCUUGGUGCAUCCUCACAGCGCAAGCGCUGUAUUUGUAAAGCUAGUUUCCUCAAAGAAAUCAAUGAGCAUAGCACCUGCAAUCAGAUUUCCCACUC